AUGGGUUGUGCACAAAAUUCCGACACAACAAUCACCAAAUUUCUCCCUAUACUAUUACUCAUCUUCCUAAUCAAUCUAUCAAAAUCAUCAUCUCAAUCACCUUCUUCUCCACAAAACAUCCAAACUUUUUACCCAUUCUCCCCACCACCACCGCCAAUUCUCCCUCCAAAUCCACCCACCGAUCGGACACCAACCGCCGCCAAUCCGCCGCCGCCGCCGCGCCGGAGCUCUUCGAGGGCGGCCGUCGGGCGGGCCAUCGGGGCAACCGCCGCCACCACCAUAGUCUUAUCAGGACUCCUCUUCUUCCUCCUUCUCCGGCGAUCUCGCCGGAAAAGAUCACCGGAGGAAGUUGUUGUCACGGACCCGAUCAACGCCUUCACAACGAGGUUCAAUGGGAAUAUAAAGGGGCUGAUCGUGGACGAGAAUGGGCUCGACGUGCUCUACUGGAGGAAUAUGGAGGAGGGAGGAGAAAACUUCACGAAAAAGUAUUAUAACGGUGAAGCUGAGGAGGAAGAAGAGCAGGAGAAGAGAAUUGUGAGUGGUAGAGAGAGAAAGUAUAGCAAUAAUAAGCCUCCUAAACAGGAGGUUCCUUUGCUCAGAGGAAAAUCCUCCACUUCCCAAAGUCCGAUGUGGGAUCAAGUCAUGACCAAACAAGCUAAUAACAUCUCCUUCAACGCAAUUGAAAAGCAAGGCUCAAUUCAACUCACCAAACCAGAAACAGCGGUGGAGAAGACUCCACCACCACCACCACCACCUCCGCCACCAAUGCCACCACAAACGGCGGCACCACCACCUCUGCCGCCAGCACUGCCAAAUAAAAUCCCGAUGGCCCCACCUAACAAGCGCUCGUCCUCCACCGGACAUAAAAACGAGCAAGUGAAGCUCAAGCCAUUGCAUUGGGACAAGGUGAACCCAAACGCAGUCGACCACUCCAUGGUUUGGGACAAAAUCGAUAAGGGCUCUUUCAAAUUCGAUGGUGACCUAAUGGAGGCACUCUUCGGCUACGUCGCCACAAACCGGAAAUCCCCCCAAAGGGACGACCGAUCAUCACCAAGCCCAAGCAGUCCCGCAAAAUCAGGCCCACCCCCACAAAUCUUCAUCCUCGACAAUCGCAAAUCCCAAAACACAUCAAUCGUGCUCAAAUCUCUCGGCGUCACACGCAAAGAAAUUAUAGACGCACUAAUCAACGGGCGAGGCCUGAAUCCCGAUACAAUCGAGAAGCUCGCGAAAAUAGCACCAUCAGACGAAGAGGCGUCCCAAAUCACGGCCUUCAGUGGAGACCCCACGAGAUUAGCAGACGCCGAGUCUUUUCUCUAUCAUUUGCUCAAGAGUGUCCCGUCUGCCUUUGCACGCUUCAAUGCCAUGCUCUUUAGGUCGAACCACGAGUCGGAAAUAAACUCGGUCAAAGAGUCGCUAAAGUCGAUCGAGCUGGCUUGCAACGAGCUGAGGUCACGCGGGCUGUUCCUGAAGCUUCUAGAAGCUGUGCUGAAAGCUGGUAAUCGGCUGAACGCAGGAACGUCGAGAGGGAAUGCACAGGCUUUCAAUUUAACUGCUCUGAGGAAACUGUCGGACGUUAAGAGCUCAGAUGGGAAGACGACCUUGCUCGAGUUUGUGGUUCAGGAAGUUGUCAGGGCUGAGGGGAAAAGGUGUGUUCUGAACAAGAGUCGUGGUGGAUCGAGCAAAACGAGCAGCCAGAGGAGCGAUUUCUCGGGAAGCCAGAGUCCGGAACAGUCUAAGGACGAUCGUGAGAGAGAAUACAUGAUGCUCGGAUUGCCCGUGAUUGGCGGAUUGAGCGCUGAAUUCUCGAACGUGAAAAGGGCUGCGGCUUUGGAUUACGAUUUCCUGGCGAAAUCGAUGGCGGCGUUAUCGGAGAAAGUGAAUUCGGUGCGGGAAUUGGUUUCCCGUUGUGGGGACGGCGGAGGGUUUGUGCGGGAGAUGAAGGGGUUUCUGGACACGGCGGAGUUGGAGGUGAAGGUGAUGAGGGAAGAGGAAAUUAGGGUAAUGGAGGUGGUGAGGAAGACGACGGAUUAUUACCAGGCGGGGGGUUUGGAGGAGAAAGGGGGGGAUGGGAAACUCCAGCUGUUCGUUAUAGUGAGGGAUUUUCUGGGAAUGGUGGAUAGGGUUUGUGUCGAGAUCGCGAGGAAUGUGCAGAGGAGGAAAUUGCCGGCGUCCUACGCGGCCGGCGAGUCGUCCUCGCCGGGAUCGCCGAGGGUUUUCAGGUUUCCGAAGUUGCCGGCGAACUUUAUGUCGGAUAAUUCGAAGAGCAGCUCGGACAAUGAUUCCGAGGUAAAGUGAUGAAAUUGAGAGGGAGACGGAGUCGCUGAGGGUUUGUAUAGUUAAAAGGGAAGGAUGUUUGAGAUACUGAAAUGGCUAUGGGUUGGUUUUUUUUUUUCAUUAUUUUUUAAAUUGUAAGAUUCUUGUUUGUUAUUAGAUUGCAACUGCAUACAGAAAUGAACAGGAUUUUUU